ACGUUACUUCAUACGGGACUGUAAAUGGAAUAGCAGGACGACAUGGAGGACCUGAGGAACAGAGGGCAAAAGAGAGAGUUCAGACACAGGGACACAUGGGAUCCCUUCCAGCUGAACCCGAUUGGAGCAGAGAAGGAAAAGAAAAGAACAUGUUUUCGUAUAACGCAGCGUAUCAUGGCCAUACUGGUGGGCGUGAUGGUCUUGGCCAGCGCUGUCGUCAGCAAGGGUUCUCUGCUGACGCUGGUCACGCUCUCCAGCCCGUACUCGAUGAGAACUCCCACAGAGAGGCAGUUCUACACCCUGCUGCUGAUGUGCAUCGUGGUGACGCCCAACCUGCUGGUGUUCCUCAAGUGUCUGUGGAAAUGUGCCUUCAAGAGCUACGUUGCCCCCAACAUGAAGACCCUGGGGAUUAUCUGCCUGAUUGAGUCGCUGGUUGCGAUCGGCACGGCGGUGCUGGUUCUGAUUGUGAUGCCGCAGUUCGACGUUCUCACCAACCUCUUCAUCGGCGGGGGAGUCUGCAUCGUCACCGCCAUCCUGCAGAUAGUGUUUCGUCUCCAGCACCAGCGCUGGAUGAUCAUUUUCCCCAUCUGCUCCCUGAUUCUGGUGCUAAUCGGCUACAGCCUGCUGGCCACAGACUACCACGUCCGGAUAUCGUCUCAUGUUCUGAAGGAUGCCAACGAGUACUUCAUGUACGUGGGCAUCGCCAUUCCCGCCUCGCUGCUGAUCUCUCUGAACUGGUGGGAGAACUGUCUGCAGGCCAGCGGCAACAUCCAAGAAAUGCUGAGCGAACUGGACGGCUUCAGGGACUUCGUGUUCAUGAUCACCAGUCUCCUGAGGAUCGCCAUCACUCUGGGGGCGUACUUCCUCUACUACGGCCUGAUCGCCAAGCCGGGCAUCAAUUUCUCGCUUUUUACAGAAACACCGGAAGAUGCCGUGCAAAUCGGCCUUGGCAUCUUCUUCCUGCAGGCUUUCUGUUCAGCUGCCUGCCACUGGUUUGGGGUGGUAGCCUGUAAGAUCCACGCCGUCAGGAUGAGCUUCGCCUUCCCCGUAUCGCUGACCGGCCCCGUCACUCUAAUCGUAGGCAUUGCACUCUUCUUAUCCAAAGCCGGCAACUUGGACGCCGGCAUGCAAAUCGUCUACUUCAACUUCACGCCCAUCGAAAACCCCUUCCUGGACUUCUGCUACGGUCUGGACAGCCUGAAGUCCAGCAACGCCACGCCCGUGGUCCUGCUGGAGCUCUCCAACAGCAUCUGCAGGACUUCUCUCAACAGCAACUACGCCCUCUGGCCUUUCUCCAUGCUGGCGAUGGAGGGCGUCUGCAUGUGGCUGGGGCUCGUCACCUGCACCUACUACGUCUGGAACAUGAAGGUGCCGCGGAUCGAGCGCACCUCGCAGCUCUUCGUGCGACGCCUGUACGAGUCCGCCUUCAUCGACCUGUCCAUGCUGCUCAACACCAAGAUGAAAGUCAAGAACCCCGACAGCAUCGAUGAGGCAGAGAAUUGUCUCAUUUAUCUCUGUGCAACAAUGUGGCACGAAACCUACGACGAGAUGCUCAAGAUCCUCACCUCCAUGUUCAGAUUGGACCGGUAUCGAGGAGAUCCAAAAGAGGAGCAUAAGGAUUUUUUUGAUUUUGAGUGUCAUAUCUACGUGGACGACGCUUUCCACCUGGAAAAAGAGUCUGAAACGAAGCAGGUUAAUUCAUAUGUGGAAGAUCUGAUCCACGUCGUUACGGAGGUGUACAGAGUUUUCACGAAUAAAGAGCCGGAUGAAGUCUCGAUCAUUGAGACUCCGUAUGGCGGGCGGCUGGUGUUCGUACUGCCGGAGGGAAACAUGCUGUAUAUACACCUGAAGGACAAAGAGCGAAUCAGAAACAAGAAGAGAUGGUCACAGAUUAUGUAUAUGUACUACCUCCUGGGCUGGAAAGGAUAUAUAGUCAAAAAUCCUCAAAAGAUAACGAGGCAGAAUAACCCGUGUCGAGCCAGUCUGGUAUCGCUGGACGGAGAGGCCUACCUCCUGCCCAACUACGACACCGACAGCAAACGCAAAUAUAUAUCAGACGAGAACACCUACAUCCUGGCACUGGACGGAGACACAGACUUCCACCCCUCUGCUGUGAUUCUAUUGGUCGACCGACUCCGAAUGUACAGCAAUGUGGGCGCGGCCUGCGGGAGGAUCCACCCCACAGGAAUGGGUCCGAUGGUGUGGUAUCAGAAGUUUGAGUACGCUGUGGGUCACUGGCUGCAGAAGACGGCGGAGCACGUGUUCGGAUGCGUCCUCUGCAGUCCGGGAUGCUUCAGUCUGUUCAGAGGAUCCGCUCUGAUGGAUGAUAACGUUCUGAAGAGAUACACCACCAAGGCCACCAGAGCUUCUGAAUACGUCCAGUACGAUCAGGGUGAGGACCGCUGGCUGUGCACACUGCUCCUACAGCAGGGCUGGAGGGUGGAGUAUAACGCCGCCUCGGACGCCUACACCAACUCACCUGAAGAGUUCAAAGAGUUCUACAACCAGAGACGCCGCUGGGGUCCCUCCACCCUAGCCAACACUCUGGAUCUCCUGCACAGUGGAAAAGAGACUGUGAAGAGGAACUCCUCCAUAUCCAUGCUCUACAUCUUCUACCAGAUCUUCACAGUGGCUUCCUCCAUCCUCGGUCCCGCCUCCGUCACCCUGAUGGUUGCAGGGGCGUUCCAGUUUGUGUUUUCUCUCUCUGGCACUCUGUCCAUCAUCAUCGCGGUUAUUCCUCCGGUGAUUUACAUGCUGAUCUGCUUCCUGGCCAAAACCAACUUCCAGCUGACCAUCGCCUCCAUCCUGAGUGUUCUGUACGCCUUCCUGAUGACGGCAGCUUUCUUCGCCAUUAUCGGUGACAUGGUGAAGGAAGGUACGUUCAUCACGCCUACCGGAAUAUUCCUGGUCUCCAUGACGGUCCUGUACCUGGUGACGGCAAUCCUUCACCCAAUGGAGUUCGGCAUGAUCGUCUACGGCCUGAUGUACUUCAUCUGCAUCCCCAGCGGCUACCUCCUCCUCACCAUCUACUCCCUGGUCAACAUGAACAACGUCUCCUGGGGAACUCGAGAGUCCAACAAGGGCAAGGAGCAGAAGAAGCACACCGGCGUUCUGUGCAACCGCAACUGCAAGCUCUGCUGCUGGGACGUCAACAUCCAGGUCACGCAGGAAACCGAGAACCUGGUCCUCCAGCAGAUCCAGCAAGCGGUGAAUCCAAACUCUCAGACUGUUCAGACUGAGAUGAAGGAGAUCACCUCUCAAGAAGUUCCAAAAACAUCGCCUCAGACGGAGAAGACUGAGGUUGAAGACACCAAAAAUGUUCAGUCGAAGGCCGAAGGCCGAAAGACGUCCCCUGUUUCCAAGGACAGUGACCUGGAGACCGAUUCUGAGAGAAGUGAGGACGAGAGCAGCAUUGAGAAAAAAACAGACGCGCAUUACGACGAUGACGACGACGACGAUGAUGAUGACGACACCUACUUACAAGAUGAUGAAGCUGAGGAGGAGGAGGAGGUCAUCCCUGAGAGUGAUUGGGUGAAGCCGGUGAAAACUGAGUUCCUGAAGAAGCUCACCUACGCCAACAUGAAGAGGAACAUGCAGGAGCAGAUUAAAUACACCCUGAGGAACAAGAACAGGGAGGACCUGUGUGAGGAGCUGGUGCAGGUGCUGACGGACACCAUCAACGAGGAGCUGAAGGACAAGGUGGGUCCUGAGGACAUCCUGACCGACAGCCAACUGGAGGAGCUGCAGGACGCCCUGAACGAGUCGGCCAGGAGGAUCCUGAAGACCAACCGCAUGAAGAGGCUGGAGGCCAGGGUCAAACGAGCCAUCGAGAAGACCCUGGUAGCCCCCCAGGUCGUCAAGCUGAGUGAGGAUGAGCACGAUUUCUGGAGUAAACUGAUCGAGCGCUACCUGGAACCCAUCAAUGACCCCAAAGCCCACCAGGAGGAAGUGGAACGGGAGCUGAAGUCCCUCAGAAACAAGGCCGUGUUCCUGUACUUCAUCGUGAACGUCCUGUGGGUCGUGGCCACCUUCAUCCUUCAGGAAAUUGGAAACGACGUCAUCAGCAUCGAAAUUCCCAAAUAUUUCCCCAACGGAACGCUUUCUGACGAGCCUCUGAGAGUAGAGCCGCUGAGUUUAAUGUUCCUGCUGUCCUUCGCUAUUCUACUGCUGAUCCAGUUCCUGGCUAUGCUCUACCACAGAGUGUAUACCCUCAUCCACGUUCUGGCGUACAGAAGCACUGAGAAGGACUAUAAAGAAAUAGACGAGGACGACGACAUGAUGAUCCUUGAGAACCAGCUGGCGAAUGGGGUGGUCGUGACGGGUGAAGACUUCAGCUGAUGGGAUCGAAAUUAAAAUAAAAUUACUUUAGGAUACUGUUUUUAAUGUUUGCACAUUCACUAGUAUUUGCACUUUUAGGAGCAACAGAUUUUUUGUACAAGUUUUAUUGUACUAAGUUUUAUACAUGUCUAUAUUUUACACAUAAAUCCAGAUAAAUUUAGGUUAAAAAAAUGCAAUAAAAUGUGAGAAAGAAUGAGGCAUGAAUUUAAAAGUCUAUAAUAACUGUUUAAAAAUGAUUAAAUUUACACUAAAACAGGUUGUCAUUUAGGUUUUAACAUUAAAUUUGACAUUCAUGUAUUUUCUUGUAAAAAUAGAUAAUUGAUUAGCAAAUAAUUGAUUAGCAAUUCUGCUAAAAUUAGUAUUUACAGGUUUUAUAAUCAUUUACACAGUCAGUGGCAGAAAAGUUUACUAUGAGGUGGAGCUUAUUUGUGAGGUUGAACAUUUUCCCAAAUUUUGGCCUGCAUACAUGUUCCGAAGUGAAAAAACCUUCGUAUAUAGCCGAAAAAUACAGCCGACGUCUCGUCUAUAGCGAUUUUGAGGACGCAGCUGAUGUAUCCUUCCUUAUUGCCACUCGGUUACUCACAUUUUACUCAUAUAGAGCUUGUAUAAAACAGGAAAGAGGAAAAAGGACAAAAAGCA